AUGAUCGCUAGUGCCAAGCCCAGCCAAACAGUGCGGCUGAUGAAACGACCCGAGGUCCCGAGCCCGCAACAUCUGUUAUCUUCCCGACACACCUGCACCAAUUUGAUCAAUCGCAGUAUGUCGGCCAGACUUGCCCGGAGCCUGCCACAGGUCAAUCGCCAUAUUUUCGCCCGACUCUCCUCCCGUGCGAGACCUCUUGCGAACGUACGUCAUGCCGGCUUGGCGCGCAAUGCCUGGAACCGCGCGCCUCUCGCACGCGUAACACAGCCCAAUGUCGCGCGAUUCGCACAUACAGAUGCUGGUGCAGCGCGCCCUGGCACGGCUAUUCUCGACGCUACAGGUUACAAGGGAUCGACGGUCACUGAGAAGCAUUGGAUAAGCCAGGAUUUGCCAAUUGUGGACGCAUUGAUUGAACCGCGCGCGAUCUUGCAUUUCAUCGGAUUCAUUACACAGGGCUGGUUGCCGAAUGGGAAGAAGACUGAUCUUCCUUUGGUUGAUCAAGAUGAGUUCCCUCUGUUCAUGACGCCCAGUGCCCAAUGGGCGCCUGCGCCAUUCAACCAGUCCACGACCCCCAUCGUGGAGAAGGCCAUGGCACGGAUUUCGGGUACUGAGGACUUGAGCGGACUGUGUCAAGUUGGACAAAAUAUUCACUUCCUCAAGAGUCGUCUCUGGGGAGGCCUUGACCCCGUUCCCGAAUCGCAAUGGCGUGAGAAGGACCUAAACAACCUGGAAAACUUCGCCAUCGCCCACGAAUAUUUGACCUCUGUGAUCGCCGUCUUUGAAUAUCUCAACAUUCCUCAGAUCCGUACGAACAUGCGCGACACAUUCAACAAGAUUUCAGGUGACUUCGAAGAAAUGCAGAACGCUUUGAACGCACGCCGCAGGGCCCAAGGUAGCACUUCCCCUGAUAUCAAUCUGACUGCCCUGUGGGAACAAUUCAUUCGCUCUCAGUACGAGGUCAUUACCAGCACCGCCCAUUCCUGGAUCCUUGCUCGUACUGCCGAAGUCCGUGAACCGAUCUUGAGCAGCCUGAGUGCGAUCCCCAACGAGAACCAUCAACUCCCAGAAUCGAAGGCUCUCAUGCAGAAGUGGGGUGACCUCAUGGCCGUCAACUCGAUGGCUGAUUUCACCAUUUGGAUCUCCAUGGAUGGAUACAACGGUUACCAGGCACCCUCUGAAAUCGUUGCCGGGCUACACAACCCCGAUCUGGCCAGCCAAGACAAGGACUACGGGUUUGCUGAGCUCCUGAUGAGCCAACUCACAAAGGUUAUUGAGACUCAGAAUGAGGCUGCGAAGGUCGAGGGGCCCAGCGCAGUGCAGAGCGAGGCGGCUCGUCGUGAGCGCUUCUCCGUGAGCACGGUGGUACAGGAUCAACUGCGGGAAAAGAUCCGUGGUCAGACACCAUCACCCCAGCCACCCGUUCAGCCUUGGAUCCAACAACUUCUUCGGGGACAGGAGGAUAUUUUGGCCAUGGCCCCGAAGGAGAGAGAAGAUCUUGGUUUCGGAUUGGCGAUUUAUCGCGCCGCACACAAGUUCUCUGAUGAGGAAUGGGAAACCUUCAAGCAGCGCUUGGAAUCUCACCUGUCGGCGUGGGGAGAAGGACUCCAGCGUGCGGACGAGCUGAAGCCGCUGCUUAAGCUUCACUGGUUCGAUUGCCAGGAGCUAGGCUUCGAGACAACCAAAUCCAUUCCUGAGGCACGAAGACACUUCCAAGGACUUCAGGCUCUGGACGAGUGGAGCUACAAGCUAGCACCAUCUGUCUUCCUUGUCGCUGAUAGCAUGGGCGUGGCCUCAUACAUCGAGGAUGGCAUCUACGCCUCCUACAAAAAGGAUAAGGGUCUCCUAGACGGAGACUUCCAAGGCCACGUUCUGGCCAUCGACCCUGCGUUCGAUGAGAGCACCCUUGCAAACGAGAGUGGAAGUGAAAAGACCGAAGACUCCCAGGACAAGGUCCUCCAAUAUCCGGGUCAGAUGCGCAUCCACGGUAACCUCGUGUGGAGCGAGCUCUACCCUAUGCUGAUGCUGCAGUCUGUCAGACUUGAAAACCUCUGGUUGCAGGCGCGGGAACAUCCCGUCAAGAUGUACACCGGAAUGACAGUCCCGAGUCAGCUUGAGCCAUGGAGGGAAUGGAAUUCGCUGAAGGGCGUUAUGAUGGAUGGCUUUAUGGAUUUCCUGAAAAAGAAGGAUCCCAGUCUCGCAGGAAACUUGCAGGAUAUGAGGAAGAAGGGAAGUAUUUAA